AUGGUACUUUUUCAGAAAUCAGGCAAUACUCCCUCAGCAUCGCACACCGAUCGAAUAGCGCACGACUAUGGAAAGGAAAAUGUGAAGGACGACAGACAACAAUCGAGUAAUCUUACUUUUGCAAAGAAAAGUGCAGUUGUACCAAGGCGACGCAUUACGAACGACGACGACGAUGACGACGACGACUUUCAAACAUUGAUAACACCAAGGCUAUUGAGUGGCAGAAAGCAAAAACGGCGUAGAAAGAACACCAUAUCACAGAGCGUUUCGCAAGAACCACACAAGUCCACAGCAACGAGGGGGGGUUCUGAGGCUAGCAAGUCGAGUCCGAUCAAUAUCAAGCAAGAAAAGCAAGCUGUAUUCGAGAUAGAGGAUUUGGAGGAUAUUGUUAUCAAACAAGAACAACGGCCUAAUACCACCUUUGAAAUCGAUGAUUUCAGCGAUGACUCUGAUCAAGAACAUGAACAACAACAGCAGCUACCAUCCGUUGAACCAAUUAUUGAUAAAGUUGAUCAUUCAAUGGUUAAACAAGAGGCAACAGUAUUCGAGGUUGACGAUGACAUAUUGGAUUGGUCAGAUCAUCAUGAUGAAAACAAUACCCCAUACCAGAGUAGACGACUUAUCAGUACAUCUGAUGAUGAUAAUGAUAUUCAGACAAGUCCACGACUUUUACAACGCAUGACCAAGGCUUUAGAGGAGGAUGAAGAAUGUCCCUUAUGCUUUCAACGAUUUUCCCGAUCUAUCAUCAGAAAUCAUGCUUCCGACUGCGUUGGUAUUCCAUCAAGCUCUGAGGAUGAACCACCAUCACGCAAUGCACGAAGUAACACUUUGAACAUGAACCGAAGACGACAACAUCGAGUAUCACGACAAUCACAAUUACCGCCUUCCUAUCAGCCCCAAAGACGAACCCAAACAACAAAUGGGCGAAUCGAUAUCAAAGAUCGAGAUACCACAGCAAGUCAGGAAUACCGUACAUGUCCUAUAUGCAGUGAUUGGGUUCUCAUCGAAGAUCUCGAGACACAUGUGAACAUGGAACUUGAAAAUAUGGAGCGACAACAACAGCAGCAGCAACAGCAACAGCAACAACAACAGCAACAACAACAGCAACAACAACAGCAACAACAACAACAUUCAUCUUUAUCAUCCAGCCUACCAACCGAGGAGCCAAUACCCGUCAGUGAUACCGAGUCUGAUGGCAGUAUCAUUGAUAUAAGUAACGAACCAGCAGAGACCAAUGAGGACGAUGGUUAUUUAUCGCCCUUGGAAGGAUUUGUCAGCGUGCAGGAAAGUCGUAAUCAAGAUCCUGAAUUUGAACGUUACUUUGAACAAGUACCCACUGAGACGACUGCAUCCACAUCUCGAAGGAGAAGACAACAGCAGAACUCGUCAAAUCGUCGUACAACAAGAUACCGUCGUUUCAACCGUAGGCAAUAUUUUGCAAACAAAGCCAGGCGAACUAGGAAAUAG